AAAAACAGGAAGAAUUAUUUGUCCUGCAAUGUAUAUUUAUACUACUUUUAACAAAAGUAUGUGACACAAACUAACAUAAUAUACAUUUUACAACUUGCAAAUGAGAACAUGAAAAAUAGGCUGGAAUUAUUAUUUAUUAUAUAACGUUGAAUGUGUAUCUAACAGAUUAUACAUGUGAGUUGCAUGUCAAGUUAUUUAUACAUUUUCUUAUAUAUAUAUAAUUAGCAAGUUAACUAUGAAGGAUAAAUGUAUUGAAUGGUGGUGUGAGGAACCUGAGACAUUACUGGCAUUAGAAGUCAUUGUCAUCAUUCUCAGUUUAAUUGGAUGUGCUUGGAAUGUUAUCACCAUUCUUGCGAUUUGUUUCUCCAGUUUACGUUUCAAAAUAUAUUGUGUCUUUAUUGGAAGUUUAAGCCUUGCUGGAUUUUUAUACUGUUGUUUGAUCCUACCAUUAGAAGCAGUGACAUUUCACAGACAAUAUCAUUCAGUGCCACCAUUAUUUUGUAAUGCCGUCGGAGGAAUUCGAUACACACUUGUGGGUGUUAUUGUGAUACAUUUAGGAAUAAUUGCACUGUAUCGGUACCUUAAUGUUGUACAUUUGGCACAGUAUCAAAAACUUUCCAAGACAAAACCUUUGAUAAUAACAAUUGCUAUUGGGUGGUUACUGCCACUUGUGUUUACUAUGCCUGCUUCAUUCCAAGUCUGGGGUGGAUUUAAGUAUGUUCCUGCCAUUUUAGCCUGUACGUUCGAUAGAGACAUAGAACAAUCAAACAGAAUUGUCACUGUAUCACUAGGUUUUGUAGUACCAUGUAUUUUCAUAAUAUUCUGUUAUGUUGGAAUAGGAGUCAAAGCAUAUGGAAGCUCAAAACGUGCAAAAAACACAUCUCUCAUGAAUGCUUUGCGUCUUUCUGCAAUGAUGUUGUGUAUAUUUGCAGCAUAUUUUAUUGGGACAUUUCCUUAUUUUGUUGUCAAUAUUUAUGACCGAUCAUUUUCUAAACCUGUCCAUCAUAUCUGGACAACAUUCUUAGGAUGGACACUUUACUGUAUGAAUCCUAUAGUGUAUACAGUUAUGGAUUUUAAAUUCCGCAGAGCCUACAAACAACUUUUCUUGUGUAAAUGUGAAAAAAAUCCUAGAAGAGGGUCUUCAUUUAAUUGUACAAAUCCCCUAAAAAGGGUGCCAUCAGGUACAAAUACAAAUCCUGUAAAAAAUGUGCAUCCAGAUACACUGAGUACACUUCCUAUAAAAAGCUUGCAUUCAAGUACAAGUUCAUAUUCUGCAAGAAAAGUGCCUUCAGAUACAAGUACAAAUCCUGUUAGAUGGUUGCCUUCAGGUGCAACUACAUAUGAGUGAUAUACAUUUUACUUGAACAUUUAACAUUUUUUUUUUAUCUUAUAUUAAUGCGACAGAGUUGGACUUGAAUAUUUGUGUCAUGCACAUACUAAUUUUUGUUAGAGAAUAGAAUGGAAACUAAUUUUUGUUAGAGAAUAGAAUGGAUACUAAUUUUUGUUAGAGAAUAGAAUGGAUACUAAUUUUUGUUAGAGAAUAGAAUGGAUCUUGUCAGUGUAAGAUGCAUGUAAUUUUUGUUAGAGAAUAGAAUGGUUCUUGUCAGUGUAAGAUACAUGUAAUUUCUGUUAGAAAAUAGAAUGGAUGUUAUCAGUGAAAGAUACUAAUUUCUGUUAGAGAAUAGAAUGGAUCUUGUCAGUGUAAGAUACAUGUAUCUGACAAUUCAAUGUUAUUUUUUUCCUAUUUAUUGCUAACGUUUAUGACAGUACAAAUGUACCCCGACUUAAACAAUAGUAUGCUAUGACUAAACUUCCUGAUUCCUGGACAGGAAUAGUAUUACAUCUUUUAACUUAAGUCAUAACUGUGAAGGUGUCAUACAAACUUAAAAUGUAUUUUGAUCAAGAUAAUAUAAAGAAAACCAAUCAAGUUGAAAUGUGAGCUACUGUUUAGUCAAACGUCAUUAUCCCUGCUAUUCAAUAAACAUGAAGUUGAUAAGCAAUGGAUGUGAAAAGGCAUUACAUGUUAUUGAUACCAAACUUAAGUAAGCUCUAAUUUGAAGUUCCAUACAAAAAAUGAGGCAAAAAUUUCAUAUAUAUGGCCAAUAUGUGAAAGAAUACAUGUAUGCAAGUAUUUGGUAAACAGGAAGUUGAGCAAUGAAUGCGAAAACACAUUAUGGGAUGAAAGGACAGACAGAUGGUAUAAGGUUUCUCAAAAAGCCAAAAAGGUCUUUUUCUUUGAGCUUAAUAUAUGCAUGAUAUGUAUGUAAUAACAUUUUAUCAAGGAAAAUGUAACACAAGAACUAAUGAACACUGACGAUAGACAGAAAUGAUAUUCUCAAUAAAAAUGUUAAAAUAGGUUGAAAGUUCAACAUAACAUUAGUCUAAUUAAACUAUGUUUUUUCUA